CACUGGUCGGCACCCUGUUGUUUUGAAAUUGCAGAAAAUUAAAAAUUAACGAAAAAGACGAUAUUUUGGAGUGAACGCAGCCAUGCGGCUGGCACGCCGUUGGAUCCUUUUCUUCACGUGCCUGUUACUCGCCUUUUGGGUGCUUCUGUUCGCCUGUUGGCAGAUGCUCGAGCGGUGGGAUUCUGGAAGUGGAAAAUCCUCGGAUCCCAUUGAGGUGUUGUGGUGGCCGCAGGAGAUGCCCUGGCCGUACGACGAGGAGCGAAGAUGCGGCGUCUUCGAGUGCCGCUUUACCAACAGUCGUGACCGUUUGCACCUUGUGCGGGCAGUUCUCUUUUAUGGCUCGUAUCUAACUACGGCGGACUUUCCGCUGCCACGUAGCCCCCACCAUGUGUGGGCACUGCUGCACGAGGAGUCGCCCAGGAACGUCCCCUUUCUGCCCUUUGAUGACUUUCUGCAGCACUUUAACUUUACGUCCACCUUUAGCCGCUACAGCGAUAUGUCACUGACGACCCAGUGGCUGCCCAGCGCCCAGGAUCUCACCUCGAUGGACUAUGUUAUGUCGUUUGACUACAAGUCAUCGAAUGUGAACGGACCGUCGCCAUCGGUGGUGUUUCUGCAGAGUGACUGCAACACCAUGUCCGGCCGCGAGGACUACAUGAAGGAGCUGAUGCUACACAUCUCGGUGGACUCGUUUGGCAGUUGUCUGCGCAACAAAGAUCUGCCCAAGAGACUGCAAGUUGAUUAUCUAAACAAUUUGUAUUCAACGGAAAUGCUGCGCUUUUUGUCCAAAUAUAAAUUUAUGAUUGCCAUUGAGAAUGCCGUGUGCGAGGAUUAUAUAACCGAAAAGUUUUGGCGUCCCUUGGUAAUUGGCGUCAUCCCCAUAUACUUUGGUUCGCCCAGCAUUAAAGACUGGCAGCCGCAACAGAAAUCUGCCAUAUUUGUCGAUGAUUUCCCGAAUGCCGCCGCCUUGGGCAAGUUUUUGUUGGAGUUAUCUGAAAACAAAACCGAAUACAACUCGUAUCGCGGCCACAAACUGAAUCGCAGUCAUCCCAUACAAAACCAAAAAUUACUUCACGAUUUAAUUACGCGUCGCACGCACAUGGGUGACCAAUCGGUGACCCGUGCGUUUGAGUGUGCCGUCUGCAAGCACGUGAAUUAUCGCCGCGUUGGCAGCAAGCGCGCGAAUCUGCGCCACUACAAUUGUCCGUUGAAGCCAAUCUAUGCGCCGUUGGAGAGCAAGAAGGAGCCGGAGUACGCGAAGGACUGGCGCUCGUCCAUGCUGGUGGGUCGCUGCGAGGCGCGCAUUAUGGAUGCUUUUCUACGCUCAAAUGUGCCCUACAGCGAUGGGGAUUUUGAAGUAGAACUCGACAUCAGAGUCGCCAACGAUCAAUGUGAUUCGUUGCCAAAAUUAGUUUGAGUUACUUUGGCUUACAAAAAAACACUAAACACGAGACACUGUUUCGGUUUCAGACUUGAGCUUUAAGAGCUCUAAGAUAAUCGAAUAAUUUGUGAUAAAUCUAACAAUAAAUGAAGCAUCCAAGAUGCUGACCAGAUGUAAGGAUCCUA